AAACUUCUCCUCUUCGUGAUAGCACUAUUAGAUUCGUAAUCUGACUUCCACAUCUGAGGCUAGUAGUCAAACCAGGAAAAAAUAUUGCAGAUAGCAGCAUGCCAAACGCGACAUUUUUUCCGUCUCAAUUCGAUAACGUAUGAUAACAAGAUAGGCUGACCGAGCCACGGACCGGCGCGACUAAGCGCAAAUUACGAAUAGUACGAAUUCUUCGACCGACAGAUUAGGUUCUGCUCACCUUUCCGAACUUUGAGUUGUUGAGUGCAUCGAAUUGGACAUAGUUUUUAAAAAUUGUGAAAGAUGAGCGUGCAAUAUGUGUUCACUUUAUGGAUAAUGCUGCUUGUGGGAGUUCAAGGAGCACCAAAUCUUUGUGAUAGCCUUGGAGAAAUUCGAAUAUGUAACCAAACGGAAUAUGAAGAUUACCGCGAGUGUGUGGAAGAAAUUAGAUCGCUCAGGGUGAAGAGACAAAUGCUUUGUGAGCAAUCCGAUUCCAGUGAUGUCCAGGAAGACGAAUCCGAAACUGUAGGAGAAAUUUCAAUAGAGGAAGAUGUAGUGACGCCUAAGGUUCAGGUGAUUCCCGCCCUCGAAAGUGUUAUAACUGUCGAACCAAUCGAAUCUAAUGACAUGCCGGAUCUUGAUCCGCCGAGUUUGGCACUGAAAUCAUUGAAUAGAAAGCUUAUUUUUCAAGCUAACGAUGAAGAUGACAACCUCGAGUUCAGUGUUCCCACCAACAUCACAACCGUGAUACGACUUACCAAUGUGAUCAAUAACACCAAUGUGGUGAAUGUUCCGACGCAAGUGAAUUCGACCAAUGUGAAUAACAUCCACAUUUACGCAAACAUAACCGAAGGUGACGGGCAAAUUUCGAACGAAGACAAAUGCUGUACUGCUGUGAGUCCAAAAAGUUGUCACGCUUCAACACAAGGCGUUAAAUGUCACCACAAGAAAUUUCGCACAUGUGGUUCUCAGUGCACUUCGGAUGUAAUUCACGUGCAACGACGGAAACGAUGUGAUCCGCAUGGGGACUGCCAAGAAAAAAUCGCCUACGUUCCACAACCGGAGAAACCGACAUGCAUUUACGUCGAACAGUGGCCAUUUGUUGCUUGUGGAAAGCCGGCAAACAUGAAAGUAAUCUGCGAUGGAUGCUACGAUCAUUACGGUGAUCCUGGCGCCCAACACGGUCCGAUUGCUGAUCAGUGCAGAGGAUGUUACGAUGAUGGUUUCGAUUAUGGCCCAAUGUAUCGCCGAGGACCGGUCCUGCGACAGUUCUACUACCACGAACCGCCUUGUUAUAUCACAGGAAAUUGUCCGAUGUCCUACGGAUCUGACUGUGGUUACGGAUGCUACGGACAUUCGAUGAUCGAUCCGGUAUGGGGACCACCAUCACCGUACGAUUCUAGCCUUGAUAAUCGGAAUACUGCCUAUUUCGACGAAAAAGAUAUGCAGAUCAUGAACGACACCGAGGCCGACUGGGGAGUACCCGUGCAUAAGUGUACUGUAGUUUCCGAGGAUAAUACUAUUUCGGUGCAAAAUUGUACAAAUACGGUCGAUAAUCAGUACGCGGCUGCCCCUCCAAACUAUCAAACGCGGAAAUCAGCUUAUAAAGUGAAACAAACUAUUAAUAAACAUCCCGUACUAGUGGAUUCCGACAAUCGUGACUCAUCGUCCGGCCAUGGUUUCUUCCCGAAUAAAUCGGACGUGGCAUUUUUCGACGAUGAUGAGGGCGAAGAUAACGAUUUCGAUUAACGCUUCAAAUGAGUGUACCAGUUGUGUUCGAUGUGAAAAGUUACUCGAGAAGUUCUCUUAGACAGAGUUUUUGUAUGAUUUGUAGUGUAAAAUUUUAAGCAUUUUCGUGGUGACAUGGAAAAAUAUUCACGCAUGCUUACUGCUGUUAUACACAGAAUCCCACUGCCUUCCACACAAAACUAAAUAAUAUUAUUUUACCGGCUUAGCUGCAUA